AUGGAAAACGAUAAGGGUCAAUUAGUGGAAUUGUACGUCCCAAGAAAGUGUUCUGCCACCAACAGAAUCAUCAAGGCUAAGGACCAUGCUUCUGUUCAAAUCAACGUUGCUAACGUUGACGAAAACGGUAGAGCUAUCCAAGGUUCCAACACCACCUACGCUUUGUCCGGUUAUGUCAGAGCCAGAGGUGAAGCUGACGACUCUUUGAACAGAUUGGCUCAACAAGAUGGUUUGUUGAAGAACGUCUGGUCUUACUCCCGUUAA